AGGUUCAGUCAUCCUUCUGUCUCCCUCUGGGUUUCCAAGAAUCUUACCUUGGAACUCCAAUUGAACUGAGCCCUGGGCUUGUCUGCUGACCUUCUCAACAGUUCUCCAAGCAGCCAUGGAUGUGGGUUUCUCGGGCCUGCCAGAUGUGUCUCAGAGUCAUAGCAAGACCUUGUGGGGGGCUCGGGGCAGGGGCCCCUCCAUACGUCGCCAGCGGGAGUUCAUGCCAGAAGAAAAGAAGGACACAGUUUACUGGGAGAAGCGGAGGAAGAACAAUGAAGCAGCCAAGAGAUCCAGGGAAAAGCGACGUCUCAAUGAUGCAGCCAUUGAGGGCAGGCUGGCUGCACUGAUGGAGGAGAAUGCCCUGCUCAGGGGUGAGCUGAGGGCGCUCAAGCUUCGCUUUGGCCUCCUGCCCCUUACUGGUGGGCCCCAGGCCUUGCCCUUGCAGGCUCUGCUAUGGGAAGCCCCCUGGACUGGGGACCCCCAGCCUGGGGCUGAAGCACUCUCCUCCUUGUCUGGCUCUCACAGCUGCCUCUUGAGGCCAUGUUCCCUGGAUGCUGGGAUUCCAGGAUGUCGGGGCUGCCUGCUGGCUCCCAGAUGGACUGGCUUGGCCACUUCUCCUAGGUCCCCCCAAGAGUCUGCAUCUCCUACCCUCAACAGAAUUGGCAUGGCCUUGCAGACUGCCCUCCCACCUGCCCUCUUCAGCUGUCACCUCUUGGAUAGGCACGUAGGGUCCAGACCAGAGCUCAGACCCUGCUGGGGGCUGUGGUCACCAAGGCCCUCUGGAUGCCGGGCUUCAGGGCCAUCAGAUGUGUUGCUGACACCCACUGCUGAUCCCAUGGGUCCGUCUCCUGGGGUGACCUGCCCUGUCCCAGGGAACAGUCCUGAGGGUCUGGGUCAGCCCUCUCUGCCCCACAAACUGCGCAUCAAAUCCCGAGCCUCAGGCAGGGUACCUUGUGGCUGGGAGGGUGGUCAGGCCCCCCUCUGA